CGUGUGUAUGGCGUGUGUAUGACGUGUGUAUGACGUGUGUAUGGCGUGUGUAUGACGUGUGUAUGACGUGUGUAUGACGGGGCAGGUGCUGAUCCCUGGAUGUAUCACAUCAGGUUAUUACAUUGCCCGUGUGUUUCACUAUUGCACCAGACUUUCUCUCUUUCCUAUUAUUCUGAUUAUCUGACACUCCCCCUCCCCCUGCCUUUGUUCAGCCGCUCUCCCUGCAGCUCCUGCAACUGCCACAUGUGCAGAGUCUCACCGCAUGGCUGCACUUCUCAUUUAACUCAUUUGCUGCUGGAUUAUCCAUGGCCGGUCAUCCCCUUCCCCUCUCCCCAACAGAGAGGACAGAAGGAAAGAAGAGAGGGCGGCAAACACAGACUAGGGGUCGGCAGAAGACAAUUUAAGAGUUUUCCUUACAGCACAGACUUAGUGUUUGCUACAAAUUUAUCGAUGUACAAACCAGAGCUGUGUAGAAUUCCUGUUGGAUUCCAGCCAAUAAUAUUUGGUAUAAGCAAUGACGCCCUGAGCCUGAAGCAGGGACCCAGCAGCUGCCUCUCUACUCAAACCGGCUGGAACCAGAGCUGUGCGCGUGCCCGUGUGUGCGAGAGAGCGGUCACGUGUGUGAGAGAGAACGUGCACGCGCUAGAGCUCCAGCUCAUUUCUCUUUGUUCUGCAGGAGACAAGCUUUGCGCAUCACAACUGACAGAUGGAGCCAUGGAGCUGACAGUCAGUGUGUGCGGCAUCUGUCCAACAGUCCUGCUGUCUGUCCUUCUCCUUAUGUUCUAUGUACAUUUGCCCUGUGCUGCUGGACUCUAUAGACCACUGCCUGGCCCUCUGUAUAUCAGAUAGUGUAUGUGCUUCUCUAUUCCAUGAGCUACUGGAGAGAAGCUAAAAGUACAGCCCAUUGUGUCGCACUACAAUACAUACUUUAUUGCCCGUGUGGCUUGCUCCAUAGAAAAUAAUGCAAUCUAUUUUUAGCCUGUUACAAACUCUCAGAUACAAGUUGCCAUCUGUAUUUAAAUCUUCCUCUGCUUCAGUUACGACAAGUCUGUCUCUCUGCCCAUCUCUCUAUCAACUGAUUCUUCUAUAAAUCUCACAGUCAGAGGCCCUGCUCCAUGUGCUGUGCAACUACAACUCCCAGCAUCCUUGUUGCAUCUAAGCUUCUGGAUAGGUCAGGGGUGGCAACUUGCUUCCUGUUUCACUACAACUCCCCUGAUCAUCCCCAAGAUCUCUGGAAUAGUGGGAGUUGCAGUUUCACAACUGAGAGUGGCCGACGGUGCUGCUGAUGCUCAGACUGUGGGCGGGGCCAGGACGUGUCACAUGGGAGGUGCCUUAUAUUAUACACAGUGAAUGUGGGGUACGUGGGGGGAUGGGGUGUGGAUAUUCCCAUUGCUGCAUUGGCCGGUACUGAACUGGCUGAAACCGGACUCAGGAGGAGGAGUCAGGGGAGGAGUCAGAGGAGGGGCGGAGAGAAAGUGAUACAGAGGCUGCAGCAUCCCGGCAUAAGCACUGCCACCUCAGCACCAAUCAGCUCAGCCCCGCCCACUCUCCCAGCAACUGCCAGGGAACCAGGGCCCCUCACUGCUCCUGUCAGGGGCCCCAUCUGCUGCUUCCUGGGGAGUCAGAGGAGAGGGAACUGCUGCUCAUAUGGAGGAUCUUUGUCUGAUCAGCAACUUGUGACAUUGUCUUACAUUGUAUCAGUGUCACCUGCACACAAUCAUUACUCACACACAAUCAUUACUCACACACAAUCAUUACUCACACAAUCAUUACUCUCACACAAUCAUUACUCACACACAAUCAUUACUCACACACAAUCAUUACUCUCACACAAUCCUGACUCCAAUACAACAACUACUAAUUAGUCACCACAAUAUUACAGCUCUGUGUAUCCACUACUUGUCUGCAGCACCACAUGCACAUUCAGCGCACACACAGCACUCAGAUGGCUGUACAGAACUACAACCCCCAGCAGGCACCGCUGUACAGAACUACAACUCCCAGCAGGCACGGCUGUACAGAACUACAACCCCCAGCAGGCACCGCUGUACAGAACUACAAC